AUGUCAGACGAGAAACAAGCCAAAAUCCAGGCCUUCCACAAGGCUCUGUUCUCGAGCCGGCGCAUCAUUGCUCUCUGCGGUGCAGGCCUCUCUGCUCCUUCCGGACUUGAGACUUACCGCGGCCCAGGCGGACUGUGGAAGAAAUAUGACGUCAACAAACUGUCCACCACGACUGCAUUUCGCGACGAUCCGUCUUUCGUCUGGCUUCUGUACGCCAACCGGAGACACACCGCCCUCAAGGCCGAGCCCAACAAUGCCCACCGAGCAUUAGCUGCUCUCGCCCAAGAACGACCUGAGUUCCUUUGCAUGACGCAAAAUGUUGACAAUCUCUCACGCAGGGCUAAUCACCCGCUUGAUCGCCUCCUGACUCUCCACGGCUCACUCUUCAAUCUGAAGUGCACAAUCUGUGACUGGGUCCAGAAAGACAACUUCGACGACCCCAUAUGCCCGGCCCUCGCUCCCGCAUCUACCGAUCACCCGGAUGGGAUCCUCCCCCUGAUGGACCCAGAGAAUCCGAUCGGCAGGAUAGAGAAGAAGGAUCUACCGAAAUGUCCCCAGUGCCCACUCGGUCUGCUGCGCCCCGAUGUUGUGUGGUUCGGCGAGAAGCUGGACAUCAAUCUCGUUCGUAGGGCGGACAACUUUGUCGACCAGGAACCCUUAGAUAUGAUGCUCGUAAUCGGCACCUCCGCCCUCGUCUGGCCAGCCGCCGGCUACAUCGGAAGAGCACGAGGACAGGGGGCCCGCAUCGUUACGAUCGACCUUACCGCCGAGGACCCGGAGCAGAUGGCUAAAAUGGAACCCGGAGACUUGGCGUUUGCAGGGGACGCAGCGGAGUUGCUACCCUUGUUGCUUGAGCCCGUUAUCGGGAAGAUGCAGACUGACGGGACAUUCGUUAAGGAGUAG